AUGAGGAGCGGCCCACAGAGAGAGAACCAGCAGGGGGAGGGGCAAACGAGGGGGGAAGCCAUCGCCGAGAGCCGGGAAAGGGGGAGGAGAGGCCGGCGAGUAAGGAGGGCAAGGCCCAAGCCGCGAGAAGAGAGCCUGGCGGGCGAGGGAGGGGUGCGCGCAAAGGCCAAAAAGGAGAGAAAGCAGGAACCCAGCAGGGUGAGGCGAGACGGGCGACGGGCGGGGAGGCGCAGAAGGGGAUGGCCCGACCGGAAGAGAGGCGAGAAAAAGGAAGGCCAGAAGGAAGGGGGCUCCGUCGCGGACCGGCCGGGCGGGCGAGGAGUGGGCCACAGAGAAGUGAAGGAGCAACCGGCACGAGGGGAGGAGCGGAUGCAGGGCGGAAGGCAGGUGCAUGGCGGGCAAGGAGAGAGCAGGGGACGCCUGGGCAAGAAGGAUGCAGCGGGGCCGGCGCGGGCCGGGGAGGCGAGCCGGAGGGGAGGCAAGGCGGAGGCAGGCGGCAGACCGUCAGGAGUGCAGGAGGAGGUGAAGGAGAAAAGGAAUGAAGGAAGGAAGGCAAGGGAAGCCAGGGCGGGCCAAAGCGAGCAACCGAACCCGGAGGCGGCGCGAGGAGGACGGCAAGAAGCCCAGGCGGGAAAGGCCGGCGAAAAGGAGGAGAAAGAGAAGGGCCCCCAGAAAGCAGGAAGGAGCGGGGCUGAGCAGGGAAGGCCGAGGCGGCGGGGGGCAGGAGGCAGGAGAUGCCAGUAA